AAAUUCUCAAAUCGCUGCCAUGUAGUGACGACAUUUUUUUCUACUCUUCCAAUAAUACUGAGUACUCGAUCACGAACGGGCGUAGAAUUUUUCGGUGUUGUAUUUUAUUUUAACAGAAAAAAAAACUAAAUUAGUAUGUGAAGUUUUAAGACCAAUAUACAAACCGUUUAAAAAAAAAACUAUAAAAUAAUUCCGCCGAAAAAAAAUUGGUUACUUUUUGUUAGUGCACAGAUCAAAUUGGAAUACGAAAAAAAGGAAGAGAAAAUUUGGAUUUGUCAACCGAAUUAGUGAGAGAGUUUCGGUACGAAGAGAAGAUUCAAGAAAUUGAGAUAUUGUGAUUUUUGUGUACAGUGUGUGGCGACCAAACGCAACCACACGACUGCAGUAACAAAAACUGCCUAUGAACUAAUACACGAAUUGGAUUUUUAACCAAAAAAAAAACAAGCAUAGAUACUGAAACCAAACCGACAAAAUGACGACCGAUAUAUCUGUAGUGCGUUGGGAUCCGAGUCAGGGACCCGGCAGCGAAUAUAUUGAUGAAUACGAAUACGAUGGUGGCAACUCAAGUUCACGUCUUUUCGAACGAUCGCGUAUUAAGGCGUUGGCAGAGGAACGUGAGACAGUACAAAAGAAAACCUUCACAAAAUGGGUGAAUUCGCAUUUGGUACGUGUGAAUGCACGCAUUGGAGAUUUGUACGUUGAUAUGCGAGACGGUAAACAUUUGAUCAAAUUGCUGGAAGUGUUAUCUGGUGAACGUCUUCCGAAACCGACAAAAGGCAAAAUGCGUAUACAUUGUUUGGAAAAUGUAGAUAAAGCAUUGCAAUUUUUGCGCGAGCAGCGUGUCCAUUUAGAGAAUAUCGGUUCGCAUGAUAUCGUCGAUGGCAAUGCGAGUUUGAAUUUAGGUCUCAUUUGGACCAUUAUCCUGCGAUUCCAAAUCCAAGAUAUCACCAUCGAAGAGGUUGAUAACAAAGAAACCAAAUCAGCUAAAGACGCCCUGUUGCUGUGGUGUCAAAUGAAAACGGCCGGUUAUCAAAAUGUGAAUGUGCGCAAUUUCACCACAUCAUGGCGUGAUGGAUUAGCAUUCAAUGCAAUUAUUCACAAGCAUCGACCCGAUUUGAUUCAAUUCGAAAAAUUGACGAAAAACAAUCCAAUUCACAAUUUGAACAAUGCAUUCGACGUGGCCGAAGACAAAUUGGGCUUGACUAAAUUGCUUGACGCUGAAGAUGUGUUCGUUGAACAUCCCGAUGAGAAAUCGAUCAUCACGUAUGUUGUCACCUACUAUCACUACUUCAGCAAAUUGAAGCAAGAGACUGUGCAGGGCAAACGUAUCGGUAAAGUGGUUGGCAUCGCCAUGGAGAACGAUAAAAUGAUCAACGAUUAUGAGAGCUUUACCAGCGAUUUGUUGAACUGGAUCGAAACAACGAUUGUUUCGUUGGGUGAUCGUGAAUUUGCCAACUCAUUGAGUGGAGUGCAACAACAGCUAUCACAGUUUGCAAACUAUCGUACAGUUGAAAAACCACCGAAAUUCGUUGAAAAGGGCAACUUGGAAGUGUUGCUGUUCACUUUGCAAUCGAAAAUGCGAGCCAACAAUCAGAAACCGUACACACCGAAAGAAGGUCGAAUGAUUUCUGACAUCAAUAAAGCAUGGGAACGCCUGGAGAAGGCCGAACAUGAACGUGAAUUGGCACUGCGCGAAGAGUUGAUCCGUCAAGAGAAACUCGAACAACUUGCUGCCCGUUUCAAUCGUAAAGCAUCGAUGCGAGAGACUUGGUUAUCGGAGAAUCAACGACUUGUUAGCCAAGACAACUUUGGUUUUGAUUUGGCCGCUGUUGAGGCAGCCGCUAAGAAGCAUGAAGCCAUCGAAACCGAUAUCUUUGCAUACGAAGAACGUGUUCAAGCCGUUGUUGCUGUGUCCGAUGAAUUGGAAUCGGAACGCUAUCAUGACAUUGAACGAAUUGCAGCACGCAAAGACAACGUACUCCGUUUGUGGAACUACUUGCUGGAAUUGCUUCGUGCACGCCGAUCACGCUUAGAAUUAUCGCUUCAAUUGCAACAGAAUUUCCAAGAGAUGCUCUACAUUUUGGACAACAUGGAGGAUAUCAAGCAACGUUUGCUGACCGAUGACUAUGGCCGACAUUUGAUGGGUGUCGAAGAUUUGUUGCAGAAACAUGCUUUGGUUGAAGCCGACAUCAACGUAUUGGGCGAACGCGUAAAGAGCGUGGUUCAGAAUUCACAACGAUUCCUUGGCGAUGAUGCUGACGGUUAUAAACCAUGCGAUGUGGCGAUCAUUGUUGAUCGUGUUCAACAAUUGGAAGAUGCUUACGCUGAAUUGGUGCGUUUGGCCGUCGAACGUCGUUCACGACUCGAAGAAAGUCGUAAAUUGUGGCAAUUCUAUUGGGAUACAGCCGAUGAGGAAAAUUGGAUCAAGGAGAAAGAGCAGAUCGUAUCGACCGAAGAUAUUGGUCAUGAUUUGACCACCAUCAAUUUGCUGUUGUCAAAACACAAGGCUCUCGAGUCGGAGAUUCAAUCGCAUGAUGCACAAUUGCAAUCGGUUGCCCGGGUUGGCGACGAGCUCAUCAGCGAAGGUCACUUUGGUUCUGAACGCAUCAAGGAGCGUCUCAAGGAAAUUUUGGCAAUGUGGAAUCAUUUGCUCGAUUUGACAAAAUACCGUCGUCAGCGUUUGGAAAAUGCCGUUGGCUACUUCCAAUUGUUCGCCGAUGCCGAUGAUAUCGAUCAAUGGAUGUUGGAUGAAUUGCGUCUCGUGUCGUCCGAAGAUGUUGGCAAAGAUGAAUCGCAUGCCCAUUCAUUGCUUAAGAAACACAAAGAUGUUGCCGAUGAACUCAAGAACUACGCUGAAACCAUCGACCAAUUACACUUACAAGCCGAAGGGCUCACACUCACCGAUGAUGAACAACGCAAUGUAUCGGUACGUCUCACCUCGAUCGAUGAACGCUACAAGCAACUUAUGGAAUUAUCGAAAUUGCGUAAGCUUCGUUUGUUGGACGCUUUGAGUUUGUACAAACUGAUGUCAGAAGCCGAUGGCGUCGAGCAAUGGAUCGGCGAAAAGGAGAAGAUGUUGGACACAAUGUCACCAGGCAAAGAUAUUGAAGAUGUUGAAAUCUUGAAGCAUCGUUACGAUGGUUUCGACAAGGAAAUGAAUGCGAAUGCAUCUCGUGUGGCCGUUGUCAAUCAAUUGGCCCAUCAAUUGUUGAACCAAUUCAGCAGCGUUGAUCAUCCAAAUUCGGAGCAAAUCACCGAAAGACAGAAGCAUUUGAACGAAGAAUGGUCUCGUUUGCGUGACAAGGCCGAUGCUAAACGCGAUCAACUCAAUUCAGCCCAUGGCGUGCAAACAUUCUACAUCGAAUGCCGUGAAACCAUUUCAUGGAUUGAAGACAAGAAACGUAUUCUCAAUGAAACCGAUAACCUUCAAAUGGAUUUGACCGGUGUGAUGACAUUGCAACGUCGUUUGAGUGGUAUGGAACGCGAUUUGGCCGCCAUUCAAGCCAAACUCACCGCAUUGGAGAAGGAAGCCGAUGCCAUUGAGGGCGAACAUCCAGAAGAGGCAGCUGUGAUUCGUGAACGUAUCGCACAAAUUACAUUAAUUUGGGAACAAUUGACACAAAUGCUGAAGGAUCGUGACUCGAAACUCGAGGAAGCUGGCGAUUUGCAUCGUUUCUUGCGUGACUUGGAUCACUUCCAAGCCUGGUUGACCAAGACACAAACCGAUGUUGCAUCCGAAGAUCCACCAGAUUCAUUGCCCGAAGCCGAGAAACUGCUCAAUCAACACCAGAGCAUUCGUGAAGAGAUCGACAAUUACACCGAUGACUACAAGAAUAUGAUGGAAUACGGUGAACGUUUGACAUCGGAUCCAACACAAAACGAAGAUCCACAGUACAUGUUCUUGCGUGAACGUUUAAAGGCAUUGAAAGAUGGAUGGGAAGAGUUGCAACAAAUGUGGGAAAAUCGCCAAGUGUUGUUGUCACAAAGUUUGGAUGCGCAAUUAUUCAACCGUGACGCUCGUCAGGCUGAAGUUUUGUUGAGCCAACAAGAGCACUUCCUCAGCAAAGAUGAUACUCCGGUCAAUUUGGAACAAGCUGAAAAUCAAUUGAAACGCCACGAAGCAUUCAUGACCACAAUGGAAGCCAACGACGAUAAGAUCAAUCAAAUCGUUCAAGUGGCCGACACUUUGGUUGAAAAGGAACAUUAUGACGCUGAUAAGAUUAACAAACGCGCCCAGAAUGUCAACGAACGUCGUGAUUCGAAUCGCGAACGCGCCCACGAUCAACAUGAGAAACUCAAGAAUCAAGUGAAAUUGCACGAAUUCCUUCAAGAUUUGGAAGAGCUCACCGAAUGGGUACAAGAGAAGUACAUCAUUUCCGAGGAUGAGACAUACCGUAGCGCAAAGACCAUCCACUCGAAAUGGACACGCCAUCAAGCAUUCGAAGCCGAAAUUGCGGCCAACAAACAACGUUUGCAUGAUGCUGAACAAGCCGCCAAGGAGCUCAUGACCGAAAAACCAGAAUUCAAAGAAAUCAUCGAACCAAAAUUGAAAGAUCUAUCGAAAUCAUUUGAAGACUUGGAGAAAAAUACAAAAGACAAAGGCGCCCUAUUGUUCGAUGCCAAUCGUGAAGUAUUGGUUCACCAAACAUGUGACGAUAUCGAUUCGUACAUUACCGAUUUGGAGAAACAGAUCAUUUCUGCUGACACUGGCAACGAUUUGACAUCGGUCAACAUUUUGAUGCAAAAACAACAGACAAUUCAACAUCAAAUGGAAAUUAAGACGCGUCAAGUGAAAGAAAUGGAGAAACAGACCGAAUUCUUGAAGAAAACAAUUCCAGCCGAACAACAUGAGCCAAUUAUCCAGAAGAAGACCGCCGUUACCCAACGUUUCGAGCAAAUCAAGGCUCCAUUGUUGGAGCGUCAAAAGCAAUUGGAAAAGAAGAAGGAAGCCUUCCAAUUCGUACGCGAUGUUGAAGAUGAGAAACUGUGGAUCGAUGAGAAAUUGCCGGUGGUGCAAUCCGAUGAAUUCGGAAAUUCAUUGUUCAAUGUUAACGUACUCAAGAAGAAGAGUCAUACAUUGGCCACCGAAAUCGAUAAUCACGAGCCACUAAUCAACACCAUUUGCAAUAAUGGCCAGAAAUUGAUCGACGAAGGUCAUGAAGAUGCACCGAAAUUCGCUGAGCUCAUCCCAGAGCUCACCCGAAAGUGGCAAGCACUCAAAGAUGCCGUUGAUGAACGACGCAAGAAACUCGAUCAAUCGGAACGUGUACAACAAUACUUCUUCGAUGCGGCCGAAGCGGAGGCAUGGAUGAGCGAACAAGAGCUGUACAUGAUGGUCGAAGAUCGUGGCAAAGACGAAAUCACCGCACAAAAUUUGAUGAAAAAACACGAAAAUUUGGAACAAUCCGUUGAAGACUAUGCUGAAACGAUUCGUACACUCGGUGAAACUGCCCGUCAACUAACGGCCGAUGGCAUUCCAUACACUGAUUCCGUGGCCGUUAAACAAUCACAAUUGGACAAAUUGUAUGCUGGCUUAAAAGAUUUGGCCGGCGAACGUCGUGCUCGUCUCGAUGAAGCCUUGCAACUGUUCAUGCUUAACCGUGAAGUCGAAGAUUUGGAACAAUGGAUCGCAGAACGUGAACUUGUCGCUGCAUCACAAGAGCUGGGACAAGACUACGAUCAUGUCACUUUGUUGUGGGAACGAUUCAAGGAGUUUGCCAAGGAUACGGCUACAGUCGGUGGCGAACGUGUUGCUCGUGCUAACGGCGUUGCCGAUGACCUCAUUCAUGCUGGCCACUCAGACAGUGCCACAAUUGCCGAAUGGAAAGACGGCUUAAACGAAUCAUGGCAAGAUCUAUUGGAGCUCAUCGACACCCGUUCACAAAUGCUCGUUGCAUCACGUGAAUUGCAUAAAUUCUUCCACGAUUGCAAGGAUGUGUUGGGCCGUAUUCUCGAGAAGCAACACGGUGUUUCCGAUGAAUUGGGCCGUGAUGCAGGCACCGUAUCCGCAUUGCAGCGCAAACACAACAAUUUCAUUCAAGAUUUGCUGACACUCUACUCACAAGUGCAACAGAUUCAAGAGGAAUCGAUUAAAUUGCAGGCCGCCUAUGCCGGCGACAAAGCCAAGGAAAUCACAAAUCGCGAACAAGAAGUAUUGCAAGCAUGGGCCAAUCUACAAGGAAUGUGCGAAACACGCAAACAAAAACUAUCCGACACGGGCGAUCUCUUCAAAUUCUUCAACAUGGUGCGUACACUCAUGCUCUGGAUGGAGGAUGUUGUGCGCCAAAUGAACACAUCGGAGAAACCACGCGAUGUGUCCGGCGUUGAAUUGCUAAUGAACAAUCAUCAAAGUUUGAAAGCCGAAAUCGAUACGAGAGAAGACAAUUUUUCGGCCUGCUUGUCACUUGGCAAGGAACUUUUGGCCAGAAAUCAUUAUGCAUCUUCAGAUAUUAAAGACCGCUUGCUUCAGUUGACCAGCAGCCGAUCAGCACUGCUCGACCGAUGGGAUGAACGCUGGGAAAAUCUGCAACUCAUUUUGGAAGUGUAUCAAUUCGCACGCGAUGCUGCAGUUGCAGAAGCAUGGCUUAUUGCCCAAGAGCCAUACCUUAUGUCAUCCGAACUGGGUCAUACUAUUGAUGAGGUAGAGAAUUUGAUCAAGAAACAUGAAGCAUUCGAAAAAUCAGCAGCUGCCCAAGAAGAACGUUUCAUUGCUUUGCGCCGAUUAACUACAUUUGAGCUCAAGGAAAUUAAGAGACGUCAAGAUGCAGCUGAAGAGGCCGAACGUAAGCGACUUCAACAGGAGCAAGAGGAGCGUGCAGCCGCUGAGGCACAAGCCGAAGCUGCUCGUUUGGCUGAGACAAGAGAUUUACAUGAUGCUCCUGGAUCACCAACUCGUGAAGCAGAGGGUGGAUUCGAAUCGAGACGUUCAACUCCAUUUGCAUCGGGAUCAUCUUCACGAACACCGGGUAGUGGUGGUUCAUUGAAAAUUGGCCGCCGUUCUGGCGAACGAUCAAAAAGUCCAUUCCGUAGUUUCAGGUGGAAACGCGGCACUUCACGCAACAUUGAGCUUGAGUACGAUGAAGAAGGUGCCCAAGGUGAUGCUAGUGGCGUUGAAGGUGUUUUAAUUCGCAAACACGAUUGGGAAAGUACGACCAAGAAAGCAGCUAACCGUUCAUGGGAUAAGGUUUAUAUUGUGGCUCGUAACUCCCGGUUAACGUUCUUCAAAGAUCAGAAAGCAUCAAAGGCUUUGCCAGAAGCAACGUUCCGCGGCGAACUACCGUUAAUAUUGGAUGGCGCAAGCGUUGAUGUAGCCAAUGACUAUAAGAAACGAAAACAUGUGUUCAGAAUAAAGUUUGUCAAUGGCAGCGAAUUUUUGUUACAAGCGCACGAUGAUGCCGAAUUACAGCAGUGGGUCAGCGCAUUGAAGGCACAAUGUCAAACCGCAUCGGGAAGCGAAAGCCGUUCACAGACAUUGCCCGCAUCAUCACAGCAAAAAGAUGAGACCAAAAAGAAAUCAUUCUUUACACUGAAGAAAAAGUAAAUAUCCCAAUUUAAAAAAAAAGAAACCAAGCAAACCAGCCAAUUUUCACUUUUGCAUUUCUAUAUUGCAUUAUUUCUACAAGCAAACAAUUCUUUAAACAAAACAAUGAAGAAAUACUAAAUUAAAUUAAAACACAAUGUGCUUGUCAAAGUAAACAUCACACACCGACA